AUGGCCCACUCCACCGCCCACCGCCGACUCCUCCAAGAGUACCGCGCCCUAACCAACAACCCACCCGAAGGCAUCACAGCCGGCCCCGUAUCCGAAGACGACCUCCUGCACUGGGAAGCCCUGAUCCAAGGACCCGAAGGCACUCCCUUCGAAGGCGGCAUCUUCCCCGCCGAGCUGCGCUUCCCCAAGGAUUACCCGCUCGCACCGCCGACUAUGAAGUUCCUCGGGGAAAUUUGGCAUCCGAACGUCUACCCCAGCGGCCUAGUCUGCAUCUCCAUCCUGCACCCGCCCGGCGACGACCCGAACCACUACGAGCACGCAUCCGAGCGGUGGUCGCCGAUCCAGAGCGUCGAGAAGAUUUUGAUAUCCGUCAUGAGCAUGCUGGCUGAGCCGAACGACGAGAGCCCUGCCAAUGUUGAGGCGGCCAAGAUGUGGCGUGAGCGGAGGGCUGAGUAUGAGACGAGGGUAAGGGAGGGGGUUAGGAGGAUGUUGGGGUUGUAG